ACAGAGAUGGUGGAGAAAGAGAAGGAGCAGAGCAAUCCAGAAAAUCCGACUGGAGAAGGGAGGAGUUCCUCUAGGACGCGUUCUCGUGCCUCUUCAGUUCCCCUCAGCCACAGGCCUGCUGCAGAUGAAGAGAGCUGCAAACAGCGCCCUGUGGGCGUGGAAGAGGUGUUCGAUAUCUUGCCGAUAUACGGUCAUCUGCAACCUGGGGAACAGCAGCAGGUCGUUUUCUCUUUUUACGGCCACGAAAAUGUCAGCAGAGAGGUGGUGGCACGCUGCCAUGUGGAGGAUGGGCCAACGUAUGAAGUGAAACUCAGGGGAGAAGCUUCGGUGAUCAGCUACAGCCUUGACUCUACACAUAUUGAUUUUGGUCUGCAGCUGUUUGAUCACAAAGGGGAGGCGGACGUGACGCUGAGGAACACUGGCAGGAUGGGCUUCACAUUUAACAUCAUAUACCCCAAAAGGGAGGAUGGGGAGGCAGGUGAGGAGGCAGGACAGAAGAAGGCCCUGGUAGAGGAGCAAACUGAGAACGGACAGGAAGUGAGACCAGGGCAACCCAUGGUCACUCCCACUGAGGGUUACGUUGAUGCCGGUGUAGAGCAAUGUCUGCAUGUGCUGUACCUCCCUGGUGUCCCCGAGCUGUUUGAGAAGCGGCUCCAGCUGCAGGUGGCCUUCCUCCCGCCGCAGGACAUCAGGCUGACCGGAGAGGGCGUGUUCCCAAGGAUCACACUGAAUCUUCCAAGAAACAUGUCAGAUGAGUGCUACCGUGAUGUGGUGCAGCAGGCCGGAGCAGCGGUGGAGGCCGACAGAGUCAAAGAGGAGCUUUUGACCGCUGGUGGAGGAGCACCGACCGAGGCCAACUGCACCCCCACAUAUGAAGAGCUGCUUCACAUGGAGAUUGAGAGAGCGCUGGUCAAACAGAAUGCUCUCGCUGUGACCGGAAGCCUGCAGGAGCGCAGAGACUCACAAGGCUCCUCCAGAAAGUGGCACAAACUUAGUCAGUUUCCUCUUCCAGAGUAUGUUUUGGAUUUUGGUUAUGUCAUUCUCGGCCAAGUCCUCAGUCACACUGUGAAUGUGACCAAUACUGGAGCAGUGGCUGUGUCCUUCCAACUCAAUGAAAAACCUCUAGCUGGCUCAGAAUUCCUCAAAGUUAGCUCUUCAAAGGAUUCAGCCCAGACAGACGUGCAAAAGAGUGAAAAACCGCCCUGCGGAGAGACACGAGACUUAGGCCAGUCCAAUGACCCCCAAGAUCCAACCUGA